CUGAACACCCUCUCCAAGAUGGACGCUCUUCCCUUUCUGCAGACCAGCCACUUGCUGCUCUUCCUUGUCGGAGUCAUCAGUGCACUUCUAGUCUGGAAGAAUCGGGGAAGGCCGACAGGAUUUGAGAGAUUACCACCAGGUCCCCCUCCAAUACCAGUCCUGGGCAACAUCCUGCAGAUUGACAUCAAACAGCCGUAUAAGACCUACAUGGAGCUCAGUCAGAGGUUCGGCCCGGUCUGCACCAUCUGGUUGGGCCCGAAGCCCGUGGUCAUCCUCUCUGGCCUGCAGACCCUGAGAGACGCGCUGGUCACCCAGGGGGAGGAGUUCAGCGACAGGGCGGCGUACCCAAUGUCCAUGAAGAUAACGAGAGGAUACGGCAUACUGGCGAGCAAUGGUCACCGCUGGAGAGAGAUCCGACGGUACGCCGUCACGACGCUGAAGAACUUUGGGAUGGGGCAGAGGAGCAUAGAGCAGAGGGUGCAGGAGGAGGCCAGGAGUCUGGUGAAGGCCUUCGCAGAGCAUGAGGGUGCGGUAUUCCAACCUAGCGAGGACUUGGGGAAAGCCGUGUCCAACAUCAUAUGCUCCAUCGUAUUCGGACAGCGGUUUGAGUACGACGACCCAGACUUCCUGAUGCUCUACUCUACAGUCUGCACUUACUUCCACGUAUUGUGUAGCCCAAUUGGCAUGCUCUACAACAUCUUUCCAGGAAUUAUGGAGUAUCUACCCGGAAAACACAGACACAUGUUUGCGAUGCUUCAGAAGUUCAGGGAGUAUGUGAGAAGGCAGUCAGACAUUCGACUCAAGCACCUGGAUGCUAACUCCACGCCACGGGAUUACAUGGAGGCCUUCUUGAUUAAAGUGGUUCAGGAGAAGGACGCCCCAAAUAGUGAGUUUCACUAUAAUAACCUGCUGGGCAGUGUGUGGAGCCUGUUCUCAGCUGGAACUGAGACAACCUCCUCAAGCCUGAGACAAAUGCUGCUGUUGAUGAUCAAGUACCCGCAAAUACAAGCACGUGUCCAAGAGGAGAUCGAUGAGGUGAUUGGCCAGGACAGGAGCCCGUCCAUGGAGGACAGGCUCAAGAUGCCGUACACAGACGCGGUUAUUCACGAGGCCCAGCGCAACAUGGAUAUCGCGCCCAUCUCCGUGCCUCACAAGGUGGCUGUCAACACAGAGUUCAAGAACUACUACAUCCCCAAGGACACUACUGUUUUUCCACUGCUCUCUUCAGUUCUCUAUGAUCCCAGAUUGUGGAAGAACCCCAAUAACUUUGACCCCGAAAACUUCUUGGACGAAGAGGGACGAUUUAAGAAGAAUGAUGGCUUCGUGGCUUUUGGAUUAGGGAGGCGUGUGUGCCUGGGUGAGGGUCUGGCGCGGACGGAGCUCUUCCUCUUCACCUGCUCUCUUCUUCAGCGCUUCACCUUCGUGGGCACGCGGCCCGCAGAGGAGAUCGACACCAACCCCACAUGCAGCAGCUUUGGCCGCAUGCCUCGCACCUACCAGUGCUACGCCAAACCCAGGGCAUAGAUAGACGACAGGACC